UCUGUGGAUACUUGUUAGACAGAGCAAGAACUCUUGCCGAAAUCUCACUUUAUCCAAGUGGAUGCAGAGAGGCUUCGGCGGGAGUUCUCGCUCUGUCUCACAGAUAACCACAGACACAACAGCACGCGUAGACCACUCAGCGGGAGUAACCUACCGAUGACAUAUUUACGGUCGCGACACGCAGGUGGCUUGCCUCUCGACCCCUCCAGCCAGAGAUUCAUCCGAUUCACCUAUAUUUACAAUAAUCUACAUUAUAUCUACACUUCGCGAUCUGUCCCGAAACAAACUUGAAACAACAUCGUACGAUCGGUAAGGGAUAACCUUAUUACAUAGCGAUUUUGCCGAUUACUUCUACCAUACAUAUCUCGUUCGUGGUUUGUUUACUACUUUGUACCGCACGCUCUGACCACGUUAAGUAAUCCGUUAAUUUUAUAUCAAAAUAAAUACAAUGACACGUCGCGCUUGUGGUUUCGUUGUAUUCCGUCGAAUCCAAGGGAUGGUCGAGUACCUUCUGAUGCAAACUUCAUAUGGGGAACAUCAUUGGACACCUCCAAAAGGACACGUAGAUCCCGGCGAAUCGGACAUGGAAACCGCAAUACGCGAAACGAAAGAAGAAGCAGGCUUGUUAACCACCGAUCUCAAAAUCUUCGAAGACGCGAAACAAGAACUAAACUAUUUAGUCAAUGAAAAACCAAAAAUUGUCAUUUACUGGCUGGCAGAGCUACUGAACAGCGAUAAACCUAUCCAAUUGUCGCACGAACAUCAGGCGUUCAAGUGGCUACCGCUCGAAGAAGCUUGUUCCGUAGUUACAUACGAGGAUAUGCAGAAGACAUUGAGAAACUUCAACGAUUUCAUACUUAAGAAUCUUUCUUAAUGUGGUCCCUUUUGGGGUCGCACAUAAAACAGUGCAUCUGUCGAGAUUAAUAAAAAUAAUUUGCUCGUUCUCGUUACGUUACCACACUAUUAUUACAUGUUCUUUUACGAUAAUACAAAACACCUUGAU